AUGGUGGACAUUCAAGUGGAUCGCAGUCUUCUACGUCCAUUUCAGUUGGUGCGUAGUAUCGAUUUUGGUUGGCAAGACGAACAUUAUGUAUUCGAUGUAACCGCCAAUAGUCAAUACGCCAUCGCUUCGGCAUCGGACAACUUGAUUCGUUUUUACGAUGUUGCCACGCUACAACUCGCCAUGACUGGAGCCCUUCACACCAAACGCAUCUCCAAGAUCAAAGUGUACAAUGACCAAUACCUUUUCUCGGCUUCCGAAGACGGAAGGCUCGCACGUUGGGACUUGAGAGUAGGAGCCCAACCAGUACAAACUUUUGCAUACAAUGCGCCUCUUACCGCAUUUGAUAUUAAUUGCAACGAUACCAUGGCCGUCGUCGGCACCGAACUGUUGACUGAGAGACAUCAAGCAGAAAUUGCUUUCUUUGAUACGCGCCAAUCUUCCCUUUUACACACAUUUGUGGAUUCACACAGCGACGAUGUUACCGAAAUUCAAUGUCAUCCUACCAUCCCUUCGCAGUUUGUUUCGUGUUCGACGGACGGACUAGUCAAUAACUACGAUGUAACGGAUUUCGACGAAGAAGAGGCUUUGAUCUCCGUAGUGAAUUCAGGCUCUUCGGUCAACAAAGCAGGCUACUUUGGUCCAAACGCCGAAUAUCUCUACUGCCUCACCCACAUUGAAACUUUUUCACUACACACUUUGGAGGGCGACCUGAUUUGCGAUUAUGGUGAUGUUCGAGAAAUUGGAGUGACCAAUGUGAACUAUGCGAUAGAUUGUAGUUAUGAUGCCGACGCGCAGCGGUUUUACCUGAUGACAGGAUCACUUACAGGCCAAGUCCAGCUGUUCCAUGUGAAUAUUGGUCAGCUUCAGUUAUGCCAGACCUUGGAAGGUGCUCAUUCGGAUAUUGUCCGCUCUCUCUACUGGAAUCAACGCACUCAGAGUAUCCUAUCGGGAGGCGAAGAUGGUCGUAUGUGCGCCUGGCAAGCUGCACUCUAA